UAGCUCACCGCCUCACCACCGCGCCGAUGCUGCUUCACCCCGCUGGACUUUGAGGCCGUCAUGGCCGUCUGGGCGCUGACCUUGGCGCUGCUCGCCCUCGCAUUCGCUCACGGACGAAGACCCGCCCUCCCCGCCAUGUUGCUCAAAGACGGUUGUUUCACGGUGCUGCCAGAGGUGGAGCUGUUCCACAUGGAGAGCGAGGUCGUGGUCGUGUCUUUCCCCAUGUUCCGGAGGACGCUCAAAGUACGCAACAUAGCCCCGCCCACGGCGACUUACCGCGUCACCAAGGGCAACGCCAGCGCUGACGCCUUCCUGGACGGCGAGGGGCGUGUCCAGCAGCGUGGCACUGACUUGUGGCUCCUUCCAUCUCAGGUGUCCGACUCUGGAGAGUACACCUGCACCUUCAGGAACGCUAGCUACUGCGUGCGAGGUAGCGUCACGCUGACGGUGUACGCCGCGUCCUCCGUGGACGUCCACAAGCUGUCCUAUCAGUACAACGUCACAGCGGGACACGACGUCACGCUCCGCUGUCCUUCUCGGAAUCACUUUGACCGCACCGCGCUACGCAUCGAGUGGCAGGCGGACUCCGCCCCCGGCCGCCUCCAAGAUGCCCAAAGAUGGCGCUCUUUUCGCCAAGACGGCGGACAUUUGUUCAUCUCGGCGGUGAAGCCAUCGGACGCCGGCCUCUACACGUGUCGCCUGGGCGUGACGGUGGACAACAGGAAGUACUCGGCCAGCAGGCUCUUUCAGCUCCUCGUGCAAGGUUCUGAAUUGGUUCCGACUCACACGGAGGUGGACCAGACGUCUGUAGUGACCUCUGACCCUUCCUCUCCCACCGUCAGGCGUACGCCACCGCUGAUCAUCUCGCCGGCCAACAGAACCAUCUUUGAGGCGGCGCACGGGUCUGGAUUAGAACUGUUCUGCAAGGUUGUGACUGACUGUGACGUGAUGUCAUCAACCGCCAUCUUCUGGUUGGUCAACGGCCUCCAGGUGGAAUCCUCCUACCUGGACGGGCGAGCCCUGCAGGGGGGCAGGAAGGAGAGCAUGACGGCGUCCGGCUGCCAGGCGGAGUCCAGGCUUGUCGUCGUGGCGAUGACAGACGAGGACGCGGAGGCGGAGCUCCGAUGUGUGGCUCACAACCGAGGCGGCAGACAGGAAGUGGUGGUCCGCCUCCAGCUGGAAGAUGCCACGCCCACCUGGAUGGCGGUCUCUGUGGUGGCCACUUCCUGUUUCCUGGCGGUGGUCGUGGUCUUCCUCUGCGUUCUACUCAGGCCCAAACAGAAGAAGAAGAAACUGGACUACUUCCUGGCCCGGCAGAACAGCACCACCUACAGUGCGGAGGACUGAUCACCUUCCACUUUAUUGAUCACUUUAUUGAUCACCUUACACUUCAUUGAUCAUUCAAUGAUAACCUUCAGUUUAUUGAUCACCUUCCACUUUAUUGAUCACCUUCCACUUCAUUGAUCACCUUCCACUUUAUUGAUCAACUUCCAUUUUAGUUUAUUGAUCCGCUUUGAGUUUAUUGAACAGAUUUUAGUUUAUUGAUCACGCCCCUCCCCCACAUAUAUAACAGUAUUAAAAAAGCUGUUUGGAACAACAUCUUACUAGGAGACUUUUUUUUUCACGCCCCCCCUGAAAUGACUGUUUAUUAAUUUAUUCAUCUGUAUGUGUCAAGAUGCUUUAUAGCUAUUGCCUCUCACCCCCCCCCCCCCCCCUUCCCCACAUAUAUAA